UCAAUUUGUUGGAGUGGCCGUAAAUGUAAAUUUUAAAACUUCUGUUUGUAUCGUCGCACCUGUGCUCUGUGCAUCGAUCCGAAGAGCUUAAUCUGUCCAUCAAUGGCGUCCCAAAACCCUAACCCUAAUCGUGUGCCCAUGUACCCGCAAGUCAUCGACCCCACCGCCCCUCCCAUCUACUCCUCCAAUUCCUCCUCCUCCCUCUACCCUACAAUCGACAUGACAGACCUCGCACAAAACCUUUUCCCCAAUUCCGACGAAGGAAAGUCGCCUGGAUCGCAACCCGCCAAAGCCUCCGCCCCUCCGCAGUGCGUCGACGAGACGCUCAUUACAAUUCCCGGCGUCAUCCUCCACCUGAUCGACAAGCAAUACUCCGUCGAGCUCGCCACCGGUGAUCUCCGUAUCGUGCGCCUCCGCCAGGGCGAUAACACCCUCGCCGCGUUGGCUUCAGUCGCCGACGACGUACAAUGGCCGUUGACCGCCGACAUCGCCUCCGUUAAGCUCGAUUCUUUCCACUACUUCUUCUCCUUCAAGGCGCCCGACGAUCCAGACUCCGGCGAAGACGCCAAAAAGGGGAAGAAGAAUCACGAUAAAGAUAAAGUGGAAAACGAAAUGUUGAGCUACGGUUUAACGAUAGCUUCCAAGGGUCAGGAACGCCUGCUCAUCGAAUUGGACACUAUCCUGGAAACAUUCAGUAAUUUCUCCGUGCAAAAGGUGGAGGAGAAGGCGGCUGUGGCCAUGGCAGGAGCGGCGGCUCGUGAGAUCACGCCAGGGGAAUUAAAAGCAGACACAAAGAAGAAAGCUGAGGUGGAAGGGCAAUGUGCAGCUUACUGGACAACAUUGGCUCCAAAUGUAGAAGAUUACAGUGGGACAGCUGCAAAGCUCAUUGCAACAGGCUCCGGGAAGCUGGUUAAGGGCAUCUUAUGGUGUGGAGAUGUCACCAUGGAUCGAUUAAAUCGUGGAGAUGAAGUUCUGAGGAGCAGGAUGGCUCCUGGUGAAGUCAAAGAAAUCGAUCCUGCUACAUUGAGGAGGAUCAGAAGGGUUAAGCGAGUGACGAGUAUGACAGAAAAAGUAGCUUUAGGGGUGCUCUCAGGAGUUGUGAAGGUCUCGGGAUUCUUUACUGGUUCGAUUGCGAAUUCGUCAGUUGGAAAGAAGUUUUUCAGUCUCUUGCCUGGGGAAAUUGUGCUUGCUUCUCUCGAUGGAUUCAGCAAAGUUUGCGAUGCUGUUGAAGUAUCCGGGAAGAAUGUGAUGUCAACAUCUUCCACCGUGACUACUGGACUUGUAUCUCACAAGUAUGGCGAAGAGGCAGGCAAGGCAACGAGCGAGAGUUUGGAUGCUGCAGGGCACGCCAUAGGGACGGCAUGGGCAGUAUUUAAGCUCCGGAAGGCACUAAAUCCUAAAAGUGUAUUAAAGCCCACAACUCUUGCCAAGUCUGCGGCUAAAUCAGCCGCUGCUGAAAUGAAGGCAAAAGGCUCCAAGUAAAUUAUUCAAUCCGAAGGUACGAUAAUCCAUGUGUUUGUUGUGUGUGUGUAUAUAUAAAUAUGUUUACUUGUCUUCACGGCAUCAUUCAUUCGUUUCUUGUCAAUUAUGCUAUGCUAUGUUAGUUGCAAAGGCUAUUGAACACAGUUGAUGACAUUGCAAUCAAAAUUUUUGCUA